AUGACUCAACUGAUCAACUACAACGCACUCAAUGAUUUUCUGGACAAUCAGACUGAUGACAUUUCUUCAAUAUAUCAGUGGUAUGAGAGACUUUCAGAGUAUGACCUCGAAGGUACAGAAUCUCCAGCAGAAUUGGAAACAUUAUUUCAUGCUAUGAAAUUUCUAAUGAGUUUCUCGUUCACUGCCGCUGAAGAGUUAAGAGAAGUAGCUGAGCGCGAAGCUGCAGCAAUGGCCGAGAAGGAGGAGGCUUGGGAGGAGCAGAAAAUUGCAUUGAAGGUGAAUGUCUCGAAAAAAUUGGAGAAACCCAAGCUAUACUGA